AUGCCCGUCUGUCUCUGGAAUCAAGCGCUUAUCCCUACCUGUCUGGUCGAGCCAGUCAGCCAGCACCAACAACGCAAUGUGGACGAAGCUGCGCCUCCAUCCAAAAAGGCGGCGAAAAAGGUCGAAGCCAAGGCCAGAAAGGAGGCAUUGAAGGCACAGCGCGCCGAAGCACGCCAGGCACCUUCCUCUGCUGUCGAACUUGAUGACCCUGCCAAGGGCUUUUAUGGACAAGCUCCUACCACGCCCAUCGUCUUUUCGUCCAGUGCCGAAGACAUCAGUUUUCGGAACUUUAGCGAUGGAAAUGUAGAAGGCAAAAGUAUCAUUCUCAGAGCAUAG